AUGGUUUCUUCUUCGAUCUCUCUCAAACCCUUCGCCAAUUCGGUUCCCAUUUCUCGCUCCACUCAGAGCACAAUUUCUGGAAAGAGCUGGGAUAGCUUGGUGUUUUGCAAGUCGGAUAAUUUCAGAGGAAAUAUACGGUUGUGUGCAGACGGGUUGAAGCUACGGUGCUCGGUUGAUAGAGAGAUGGAUGUGAGCACUUCUGCUUUGGUGGAUGAUGGUGUUGUUGCUGCUGAGUGCUUAACUGAAGAGGAGAUAAGGGAGCCUAGCAUUUCGACAGUGCUGAUGAAUUUCAAGAGUAAGUUCGAUCCUUACGGUGCAGUUAGUGCGCCGCUUUACCAGACUGCUACUUUUGAGCAGCCUUCUGCAAUAGAAAAUGGUCCCUAUGACUAUACUAGAAGUGGAAAUCCUACUAGAGAUGCUUUAGAAAGCAUUCUUGCAAAACUUGAUAAAGCGGAUAGAGCCUUUUGCUUCACCAGUGGAAUGGCUGCUUUGACUGCUGUUGUUCACCUUCUUAAAAGCGGUGACGAAAUUCUUGCCGCUGAUGAUCUGUAUGGCGGAGCUGAUAGGUUGCUGUCCCAAGUAGUUCCCAGGAGUGGAGUUUUGGUGAAACGGGUAAAUACAAGUGAUUUGGAUGAGGUCGCAUCUGCUUUUGGACCCAAGACUAAGCUUGUAUGGCUGGAGAGUCCAACCAAUCCCCGGAUACAAAUUUCUGAUAUUCGAAGAAUAGCAGAAAUGGCUCAUGCACAUGGAGCUCUUGUGUUGGUGGACAACAGUAUCAUGUCACCUGUAUUAUCCCAGCCAUUGGAACUUGGAGCAGAUAUUGUCAUGCACUCAGCUACGAAGUUUAUUGCUGGACAUAGUGAUAUUAUGGCCGGCGUGCUUGCUGUGAAAGGUGAAAGGUUGGCAAAAGAAAUAUAUUUCUUACAAAAUGCGGUGGGCUCUGGCUUAGCUCCAUUUGACUGUUGGCUUUGUUUGCGAGGAAUCAAGACUAUGUCCCUUCGAGUUGAAAAGCAACAGGAGAAUGCACAAAAGAUUGCUGAGUUUCUUGCUUCCCAUCCACGAGUGAAGAAAGUAAACUAUGCUGGUUUGCCUGGUUUUCCUGGACGAGAUUUACACUAUUCUCAGGCAAAAGGUGCAGGAUCUGUGUUUAGCUUUUUGACAGGUUCACUUGCCCUCUCAAAGCAUAUUGUUGAAACCACCAAAUACUUUAGCAUAACCGUUAGUUUUGGGAGUGUAAAAUCACUCAUCAGCUUGCCUUGCUUUAUGUCACAUGCUAGCAUACCUGCUGCAGUCCGCGAGGCCAGAGGUUUAACCGAAGAUCUUGUUCGUAUAUCAGUUGGUAUUGAGGAUGUCGACGAUCUGAUUGCUGAUCUAGACAAUGCAUUUAGAACCGGGCCUCUGUAA